AUGUCAUCAAAUGGUAUGCCUACGUGCCGGAGUCCAUUGCGAGGAAAGAUUACCUGCAUACUUGGCCCGAUGUUCAGUGGCAAAACAACCGAGUUGUUGCGCAUGCAUGAUCGUCAAAUAAUCGCGAAGCGAAAAUGUGUUCUAGUGAAGUACGCCGGAGAUACGAGAUAUGAUCCUGAACUGGUUGCAACGCACGCAAAGAUGAUUGGACAAGGUAUCACCGUGAAAGCGCAUAAGCUCUCCGAAGUCGAGGAGCAUAUUUUCGACCCCAGCGUACAAGUUGUGUCAAUCGAUGAAGGACAAUUUUUCAGCGACUGUGCGGAGACGUGUGACAGGUUGGCAACAAUGGGCAAAGUGGUGUAUGUAGCAGCGUUGAGCGGCACUUUCGAACGGAAGGUAGAAGUGAUCGGAGGUCAGGACACUUAUCAAGCGUUGUGCCGCUCAUGCUACAUCGAGGAGUCCUGUCGACGUGAAGAGACUGCGAUAGAAACCGCAUUCAAUGAGAAUCGAGCUGUUGCCAGUCAGUUGUGCAGAGAGGGCGAGUCCUCUGAAGUACCUCGCAAGGUGUUUCGGCUACAAUUUCAUCCUGACAACUAG